GAGGGAUUUAUGGACACAUUCAUCAGGCUCUGUUUUACAGGAAGGUUGAGAUGACAUUGAUGUCUCUUCAUUCUGUCAUGUACUCAUUUUGACUUCAUGUAUGUAGACAGUAUGCAAACAGUGUUGUGUGGUUUAUGUGAAAGAUUAGCAUUUUUAUUGUUCCAAUUAGCAUCUAUUUAUUCAAGGAAGUCGAGGGUCUCUGUCGCUCUAGGGUAUUUACACGUCUCUCUGGCGUUCUAUCUCUGUCUAUCUCUCUCUCUCUCUCUCUCUCUCUCUCUCUCUCUCUCUCUAUAUAUAUAUAUAUAUAUAUAUACAUAUAUGUCUCUCUCUCUUUCUAUCUGUUUCAUUCUAGCCAUGUAUCUGACAAGGUAAAACAUGGACAUGAUUAUGUCAGAAAGCCCUCUAUUUUUAAGCAUUGUUGUUAUUGUCUGUGUGUGUGCGUUGUGAAAGGGUGUGUGCCUGCAUGCGUAUGUGGGUGCGUGCAAGCAUGUGUGUGUAUAAAUGUGUGCAUGCAUGUGUGUGUGUGUGUGGUCUUUUUGCAUGUGUGUGUUGUGUGUGUGUGUGUGGUCUUUUUGCAUGUGUGUGUGUGUGUGUCUGUGUGUGGUAUUUGUGUGUGUGUGUGUAUGUAUAUAAAAUCUGUUUUGUUAAAGGAAAGGGAAUAGGAGUGAUCAUACGUUCAUCCAGGGAACCAUUCCCAAAGGCUACGGUGUUUGUUAUGCCGAUGAAUGCGGAGAAAACUCUCCUUGGGCUGUCAGUGGUGGAGUGUGCAGCAUAUCUAAAUGGCCUACUUGACCCAUGCUAAAACACAGUCUUUGACGACAUCAUAACCAACACACCAUUUAGAGGAAAGAAAUAGUUAGAGAUCUUCCUCUUUAAGGCAGAAGAUAUUGCUCAGAGAGUUGUCCAGAGAGAAGGCAGGCGAUAGAGCGGAAAUGAAGAUGAAAAUAAUAGAUGAACUUCAUAACAACUACAGGUUUAGUCCAGCAAUGAAACAGGGAGGAUUCCAUGAUCAGCUGUAUGCAACAGUCUGUACCCCACUAAUUAUCCCAAUAGCACGUGCCCUCUCCAACAACGACAGAGGAGCAUUUUCCCAAGAAACAGCAUUGACCGCCUUCCUUGGCUAAUUUAAUUCACACUCUGACUGUGAUGAGACCUAAGCAAGUCUUCCAUCGUUGGAUGUGUAGAUCAUUCAUCAUACUAUCCCUGAAACAAAAAUUCUGCAGUUAUCAUAUUCCUGUUCAUUACAUGACUGCAUGGUCCUCUUAAUUAACUUUUUUUUUGUCAAUCUAACGCAAUCAAAAUGUUCUCUUUUUUUUCCCUACACACAAUCUUUCCAUUUUAUUAAUAGCCAUGGAUUUUUUUAGGUAUGAUUACUGGAAUAGCUUUUACAAUCUGUUAAUUAUUAUUCAAUAGUUUGCUCAUCCCAUCCAGGGUAGAUGGUGUCGAACCAGGCAUCAUGCAGUAUAGAUCUAAUCUGGGGUUCAAAUGAUUGUUUUUGUGAUCUGACUAGGGAUGACCAGGUAGCAGUUACCAUGGUAAACACCCACUCUUCAUUUAUCAAGCACAAGACCAAGAUAGGCAGAGAUAUUUUCUGACUUCCUUCCUUCUCUCCAGCCACAUCUCACUCACCCUCUCCCACUCACAUGCUCAUUUUCUCCUUAUAUACAGUAUCCUCAUACUCAAAGGACUAUGGUUAUAUUCAAAAGGGAAAUGGAUAAAAGACAGAAUAGCAUAUUUUGUUUUAUUUCUGUAACCAAGAUGAACACCCCACUGUGCUGUCACUCACACAACUUGUUUAUUCUAUCUUCUCGUCCCCUUAGGUAACAUCCAGAUGAAGGAAUUGUGAAACUCUGUUCUCUAAAGAGGACUCAUCUCUGCUCAGCCAAACAGCCUGUGAUCUACCUGGUGUCUCAGGCCUGUCUCUGAUGUCAUGGAGAACAGGGCCCUGAUGUGUACCAGUCAGGCCUGGAAGGGGCCCAAAGGGUCCACCUUCUCCCCCAACUGGGACAACACAUCCUACCAACCAAACAUCAUGAUGUCCCCUUGUCCUGACGUGGUGAAGUCCCCAUGCCAGCAUGCUGCCAAGAUAUGCCACCCCCCAGAAUCCUCUGUGACCUCCCAGAUCCAGCAGGUUGGCCCCUAUGCCUCCACUGGAUUGUCUGCCAUGGCUAACACUGCCAGUAGAAGGGGUGAAAGGGAGUGUUAUAUAGUUAACCCCAUUCAAAAUGAGGAGACGGUCCUGCCAGUACACAACCCUGAGUUUCGCGGUCGCUCCUUCUCUGCAGCCACUGCCCCAAACUCAAUUACUUCCAGAAGCAGAUGUGACAGCUACGUCCACCUAUGCCCUGACAACAGCGCAGAGGACAUUAGUAGAGGCGACAGCUCCCCGUUGAGCCCAGACGUCUCCCCUGAUCACGGUGGUCCACGGUCGCGGUCCCACAGCAUCAUCCUGAGGAAGACGAGGAGGAGGCCGGCGCCGCCAACCCGUAGCGUGUCCCUGAGGAGAGACUCCGCCUCCCAGCUCAGAGACAACAGGACCAAGAGCCUCUACAUGGACAGAGACACAGCUACCCAAGACUCCUUCUUGCCUGACCUCAUCCUCAUCUCCACACCCAGGACAGAGGAGGUACUGUGCCUGGAGCAGUCCCCUGCUCAGCCUGUACAGGCUCUGGUUGGGCCACCAGUCAACAAUAAUGGGCAGCUACGUGAAGUAAGAUCAACUGACCCCUGCUCUUCCAUGUCAAGCUCAGGUCCUGCUAUGGGUAUUACUGGAAAUGAGGACAAAAAGCCCCCAGCUGGUCAGAAUCGGUCAGACCCUCUCCCCCCUUGCGACACCCUCCAACUCUAACUUGUAAACAGUCCACCUUCCUACCACCUGCCCCAGUCUCCCCCUCCAAUGGCAAGUCCAGAUCUCAGUGUGAGACUUCCCCCCCUCCUAUCCUCACGUCUGCCAUCACUGGACCCUCCCCCCUGGGCUGCAGGAUGCGCCCCAAGUCCUCCACCUCACCCACCUCCCCCAGAGCCAGCAACAGCAGGCUACGGCUGUCCCUGGAGUUGCCAGGCAUUGUCCCUCUCCCAGACCCGACGUUGGUCAAAUCUAAAGCCACACGGCGUCACUCCGAGUCCUCUGGCACUACCAAACCCAGACAGAGGCUGAGCUCCAGCAUGAUGGUGAUGCCUGUGGUGACCCAGGAGGAUCUCAGCAAUGUUCGUUUACGUUCCGUCAGCAGCUCAGAUUCAGACAAAGGCUUGGAGGGCUCACCUGAAGUCAUCAGGGAGGAGGAGCAGGAACAGGAGCUGGAGCUGGAGAGCUGUCCAUUGGUCCACCACAGUCCUAAAGCUAAACCACCUGUUGCUACUAAGCCACCCGCACACAAAUGGCCACCGAUACAUAUGGUAAAGUCCUCCUCAAUCUCUACACAGUUCUCAGAGACCCUUCCUGCCUCACCAAGAGAGAGGCAAGGGGACAUGUUUAUGGUGGAAAGAAGAGUGAAGCCUAAGAGGUCACAUCAGCCUCCUCGUGUUGCCAGUGAUGGGGUUAUGUUUCAGAGGCAGCAAGCUGUAGACAGGCAGCAGUAUGAUGUGACUGACUCACACCCACCACCUGCCUCCUGCCAUUCAGAGACCAGGAACGUGAGAAGGACCUCUCUCACCAGCACCACAUCUCUUCAAGCUGAACUAGAUAGGAAGAAGAAGUUGGUUCCCCCUCCAGUCGCAAAGAAACCUGAUGUCCUCUUCAUGCCCUCCAUCAGCUCACUGGGACAGGAGAGCACCAGGAGCCAUGUCUGGUCUGGGCUCAGUGGUGCUUACCAGGCUCCUGCCAGUGCAUACCAGCCUCCUACCACUGGUUACCAGGUUACUGCCAGUGGUUACCAGGUUACUGCCAGUGUUUACAGAGACAGAGACUUUACUGGACAAGAUUGCAACCAUAACAGGAUAAGAGAUGGAUUUUUCUUCGAUGAGAACAGUGAAGAGAGGAGGGCAAUGCCUCAGUUGAGAACACUGUGCCUCGGGGAGCAGGAGGAGGAAGAGUUGGACCACAACUCCUCACAGCCAACUACUGAGGACCUAUUCACCAUCAUACACAGGUCAAAGAAGAAACUCCUGGGUCGUAAAGAAACAGCUGACAGCACUGGGAGCAGGCAGGGUUACGGAUCCCCCAUUAAAGGCACCCCGAGGGUCGUCCAGAAGUCAAGCUCCAAAAAUGACAACUUCAUGGCUUUUCUGCAGAGGAGGAGGAGCAAUAAACCCAGCUCUGGGGAGAGACUGUCAGCCUCUGAACUACUGAAGAAUACUAAACCAUUGGCCGGCCAACCGUAGCGCAUCAAACAACUCCAAUGUUUAUGUUUGUCAAUGUGUAACAAACACUAUUCACUCAAUAUGGGGCAUGCGAGUAUUGUGGACAAUCAGGGAGAGAAGGAAAAGGCUAUAGUUUGUAUUGCUUUACGUGCUACAGUACACCGACAGCUUGUUUCUGUGACGGCAAUACAGUGUAUAGAGGUCAUGUCUAACUGGAAAUAUGACAGUGUUGGCCAGCUGUGUUUUGCUUAUGAGCUGAGACAAUCUAUCGUGUCAAUACAUCUUUCUUGCCUUGACUUGUGAUGCCUACAACAUUUGUUUUUGAGCUGCCAACAUUUGUGCUUUCGGUCAUGUAUCGCUCAGAAAUUAAACAGAGCUGCUUGUG